AUGCCCCCCUCGCAGGACACCUUAUCUCCUCUGGUCUCGGACAAGGCCAUCCAUCAUGAGGAGCAUGAAACAAGUGACUUGCCUCCCUCCCGGGUCACUUUACUCCGCCAGCGACGGAAACUCCGUCUCAUCAGCCCGGCGUGGUACCGGAACAGUUUACUGGCCAGCGUGGGCUUUCUAGAGUUCGCCAACGCGGGUGAUUUCGCCGCUAAUGUGUGGAACGAUGUGCCGGUCCCGCUCUAUGCGGUUAUCUUCAUGGCCAUCGGGGGCCCAUUAGCCUUGCUCAUCAGUGUCGCUGCCCUUUGGGAUGGCAUCCUCAGUUGGCGAAAUGUCCGCAUUUUGCAGCAAGAACGACAAUACCUCCAUGCUCUGCGACUGCAGUACCUCAACCUGCCCCCUUCCGUCCCCGUCGAUCAAGCCUCUGUCCGGCUCAUUGACCGCCGCCUUGGCGUCAGUUUUCGCGAAUUGGGCUCCGAACUUAUCGAUCGCGUCGUCAUGGAUGUUUUCCUGGGCAUCGGUGCCCUUCUUGUCGGCACCGGUACAAUAAUGGCUAUCUGGGGAGCUCAUCGCCAUGUCUAUUAUAUCAGUAAUCUUCUGUCUGGCUUUGUGGGAAACUCCUUCGCUGCAGCAUACGGCGUCCUUAACGCCGUCUGGUCCCUCUACCUCAUCUGGCGAUUCUACGGACACGACCGUGCAUGCACGCGUUCCUCCGCCAUCACACCCUUUCGCGAUCGCCUCCACCGUCGCUUCCAAUACUUCCAAUUACAUUCGCUCGUUAGCGGAAUCACAGGCCUCGUCGCAGGAGCAGCCUCCAUGCUCACCUGCAAGCGAUGGUGGGGAUACGUAAUGCUCAUCCCCUGCAUGAUCUUCGAAGUAGGCUGUAACCAGUUCUGGCGAGUCCAGCUGGGCUACGACCGUCCCAUUGUGACCGAGCAGCCCCACUGGGGCUUGAUCCCCGAUUUCAAAGCAAGCAAAGAAGAUGACGAAGAGAAGGACAGCGUCCUCCUUGACACGCUGGCGUCCGUCAUUGCCAUGCAAAACGCCCUCACGCCUCAUCCAACCGCUAUGAUCGACGUCGAUUGGUCUUCCCUCGACUCUCUGCUUAGUUUCAUCGUCCAUAACCACCUCUUCGAUUCCCUCUGCGGCUGGCUCGCGACCCAUUCCUCCGUGCCCAAAGACUUUCAUCAUAAUUUGUUCCGCCUCUGCGCGGACUAUACGGAGAUCACUCUGACGCUGGCAGACCUACGCAGUCUGCCUGAGAUCGAACAUCCCCGACUCUUAGACCUUGUUCGGGAUUUCUUGUAUACUGAGGGCCGGCAGGUGAUGAUCGGUCGAGAACGGUAUUUAGUAGAGAUGGUCGGGUAUACCGCAUGGAAAGAUGGUUAG